GGGCGCCCGCAGGCGGAGAAGGUUCCUGAACCGGCCCCGGAGUGACGGCGCACCGCAUGUUCUCCACCGCAGCUCCAUGGAACAACUGUCAUCCGCGGAGUAAAACACACACAAACCGCCCGUACUGCUGCCACAUUUAGCACUUGUUUUUGUCCGGAUCUUCCUCGUUUAGCUCGCUCUGCUGCGUUAGCUAGCAUGUCUGUGGUGGGCUUUGACGUUGGGUUUAUGAGCUGCUAUGUAGCGGUAGCACGAGCCGGAGGAAUAGAGACUGUCGCCAACGAAUACAGCGACAGAUCUACACCAGCAUGUGUGUCAUUUGGACCACGCAACCGCUCCAUUGGUGCUGCUGCAAAAAGUCAGGUUGUCACAAACUGCAAAAACACUGUCCAGGGAUUCAAGAAGUUCCAUGGAAGGGCAUUUUCAGAUCCAUUUGUGCAGCGCCUCAAAUCCAGCCUUGUUUAUGACAUUACACAAAUGCCCACAGGAACAACUGGUAUCAAGGUGACGUACAUGGAGGAGGAGAAGAUUUUCAGCAUUGAGCAAGUGACAGCCAUGCUGUUGACCAAGCUGAAAGAGACGGCAGAAAGUGCUCUGAAGAAGCCUGUGGCUGACUGUGUUGUUUCUGUUCCCUGCUAUUACACUGAUGCUGAGAGGAGAUCUGUUGUAGACGCAGCUCAGAUUGCUGGACUCAACUGCCUGCGACUUAUGAAUGAGACAACAGCAGUUGCUUUGGCGUAUGGCAUCUAUAAGCAGGAUCUCCCUGCUCCUGAAGAAAAACCCAGGAAUGUGGUGUUUGUAGACUUGGGUCAUUCAGGAUUCCAAACCUCUAUAUGCUCUUUUAAUAAGGGCAAACUGAAGGUUCUUGCUACAGCAUGUGACCCAGAACUUGGAGGUAAAGACUUUGAUGAGGUACUGGUCCAACACUUCUGUGAGGAAUUUGGCAAAAAGUACAAGCUUGAUGUAAAGUCCAAGCCCAGGGCUCUGGUUCGGCUGUACCAGGAAUGUGAAAAACUCAAGAAGUUGAUGAGCGCUAACUCUUCAGAUCUUCCCCUCAACAUUGAAUGCUUCAUGAACGAUAUUGAUGUAACUGGGAAAAUGAACAGAGGACAUUUUGAGGAGAUGUGUGCUGACAUUCUUGCGAGAGUUGAGCCUCCACUGCACAGUUUGUUGGAACAAGCGAAGCUAAAGAGGGACGACAUCUAUGCAGUAGAGAUAGUGGGAGGGGCUUCAAGGAUCCCGGCUGUUAAGGAAAGAAUCAGCAAAUUCUUUGGAAAGGAACUGAGCACCACACUAAAUGCUGACGAAGCUGUGGCCAGAGGAUGUGCCCUGCAGUGCGCAAUUCUGUCUCCUGCUUUCAAAGUCCGUGAAUUCUCAAUCACAGAUGUGGUUCCCUACCCAAUCUCUCUAAAGUGGCAUUCAGCUGCAGAGGAAGGAGUGAGUGAUUGUGAGGUGUUUCCCAAAAACCAUGCAGCACCCUUCUCAAAAGUUUUGACUUUCUACCGGAGAGAGCCGUUCUCUUUAGAGGCCUAUUAUAAUUGCCAUAAUGAGUUGCCGUAUCCUGAUCCCACUAUUGGUCAAUUUAUGAUCCAGAAAGUUGUCCCACAGGCGUCUGGAGAGAGCUCUAAGGUUAAAGUUAAAGUGCGUGUGAACAUUCAUGGAAUAUUCAGCGUCUCCAGUGCCUCCCUGGUCGAAGUACAGAAGUGCGAUGAGACGGAGGAGCCCAUGGAAACAGACCAGACCCAAGACAAGGAUGCAGAGAAUAAAAUGCAAACUGACCAAGAAGAGCACCAAGGUCAAGGGGAAAGUCCUAAAGAGCCAGAAGACAAAACAUCUCAGGAGACUGAAGAAAUGGAGACCACCACGCAAGAGAACAAGGGUGAAAAGAAGUCUGACAAUCCUCCACAAGCUAAAAAGGCUAAAGUAAAAACAAAAGUGCUGGAGCUUCCAAUUGAAAACAGCCCACAGUGGCAGCUGGCGGUCGACAUGUUGAAUCUUUUUGUAGAAAACGAGGGUAAGAUGAUCAUGCAGGACAAGCUGGAGAAGGAGAGGAACGACGCCAAGAAUAAUGUGGAAGAGUACGUUUAUGACAUGAGGGACAAACUGCAUGGGAUGUAUGAGAAGUUUGUCAGCGAGUCUGACCGAGAUGCGUUGUCUCUAAAGCUGGAGGAUACUGAGAACUGGCUGUAUGAAGAAGGCGAGGACCAACCCAAACAAGUGUACAUCGACAAACUGGCUGAGUUAAAGAAACUUGGUCUGCCUAUCCAAGAAAGGUAUUUAGAGGCAGAAGAGAGGCCGAAAGCAUUUGAAGAGUUGGGAAAACAAAUUCAGCUGUAUAUGAAAUUUGUUGAGGCGUACAAGAUGAAGGAGGAGCAAUACGACCAUUUGGAAGAGGCUGAUGUAUCUAAAGUAGAUAAACUGACCAAUGAUGCGAUGAUCUGGAUGAACAGUGCCAUGAACCAACAAAGCAAACAGAGUCUGACAGCUGAUCCCACAGUAAAAGUCAAGGACAUUGCAGCAAAAACAAGGGAGCUCUUCUCUGCUUGUAAUCCUAUUGUGACCAAACCCAAGCCCAAAGUAGAGUUACCGAAGGAGGAGCCGCCUGCUGAACAGAACGGGCCUGUCAACGGGCAGGAGAAAUCCCAAGACGACAAAGCAGCAGCUGAUGCCGCCGGCAGCAACACAUCGGCAGCUACAGAAAACAAACCUGAAAUGGACCUGGACUGAAAACCAUCAGAUGUACAUGUGCUGGUUGUGUGGUCACAGUGUAGUGGAGAGAAAGUACAGGGUUUCUGGACGUUCGCUCCACAGUUAAAUUACAGGCAGGAUAACGAAUACGCAGUUCCCACUGGUGUCUCUGACAUAGCAUGUCCCCUUCUCUGGAUUACAAUAAAAAAAACAGCUGCAAUAAGCCUGUUUGACAAUGAGCGCUGUACACAAUGGUAUUUAUUUCUGUUCCUGUAGUCUGUGUGUUCUGGUCUGUGUCACAAUAUGGUUUUAAUAAAAGUAUUGAACAGCCGCUAAUUACCAUAAGCAUAAUAUUAUACAAUGGGGUGUUCUAGAUUUACUGCUGAGGAAAAAAUGUACAGCCAUUGGCAGAAAUGUAAUUUAAUUUGAGCUGUAAAACCAUUCGAAAAUGUUCUUAAUUUUUUUGUUUAACAAGCAA